AUGGUAAGCUAUCGAAGUUAUCUCGCCCUGCCAUAUCCUAAAGUGAUCGUACAGAGUGGCGUCUCCAUCGGUAUGCCCGAUGAGUCAAGUUUGAUUGUAUUGUUCGUGGAUUGCAGGACACGUAGCUUCAUGUACAACACACUGAGCAUGAUCUUGCGUGACUUUAACCGAAUCGUUCGGAACGGAAAGUACCUCGUGCUGGUAGAGGAUGCUCUCCUGCGGCACGGAAAUGGUUCGAUUCCGGCCGAUCUUGGACACUUCUUUGCAACGUACAACAUCGUGUACUGGUGUGUGACGGGAUUUCGGCAUGCGACAGUGCUCCAGUACUCCUUAUAUCUUGCCCGACAUGUUCACACGAUCGGCAGCAAGCUGACAUACGCACCGGUGUUUGAGUGGAGGCGAGGACUGUGGCGUUAUGAGAGGUCAACAAUCAACGGUAUUGCGUUUACUUCAUUUCCAUACGUAUACUUGCGAGGGGAAGAGUAUCGUGGUAUAGAUGUUACUGUUAUGUUCACUAUCAUAAAGAAACUUGGGUACGUAUUGGAACUGCGCGUGGUAGAGCCGACGGACAAUAGUGACAGUGAUGUUGUGCAUAUAGUUGAUAGUUUGAGUCGCAUAAAGGACGACAUAAUGCUCACGCGCAGACACGUGGAUGCGGGUAUUCUGCCCGUUGUGUGUAUUGCCGAAGCGACCUACUUUUGUCUGGUCGCUCCACGCGCUGCGGAGAUCAACCUAACGCAAUCGCUGUUGCGCCCGUUCUCGUACGAAGUGUGGCUGUUCAUCGUGGGCUGUGCAGUGGCAAUAAGUGUAUUGAAUGAGCUCUCGCAGUACGACACCCGGAUGGGUGUGUGGCUGAGGUGGAUCUGUUCCUGCCCCCCGCUGCCUUCGUUCUACAGCACCUGUUUCGCGGUCAUUAGCUCUUCCUUAUCGAGUCGUAUCUCGCUACGGUGACAUCCUUCUUUCUUGCCUACCGGUUCGUGCCGGAUGCGAAAACGUUGGAGGAAUUUUUCGCCACGGGCAUUCCGAUAAGGUUGGAGGAAGGAAUGGACACAUUUUUGAACAAUCUUGAACCACGCGUAAGAGAUCUUAUAGUAGCACGAGGCGUUCGCGGUACGGAGUGCGAAGAGUUCUCUGGCGGAUGUGCCCAUUUGGAUACGUUCGCGAGAGCUUCGGUGAGGAUUAAGGAGCUGGUUGGGGUUGAUCCGAUCAGUGGCCGCAAACGAUCGUACAUUGUGCCGGAGAUGGUGGCAAGAUACAGCUGCAUGUCGUACGCGUUUGCCCGUGGCUCACCGCUGACCGAUGUGGUAGCGGUGUACCUAAGGUGGAUGUAUGAGGCCGGGCUGAUGCGUUUGUUUCAUCAAGAUUACGAGCAGUAUCUGCAACCGAACGAUUAUGCACAUACGCUUGAAGAUUCGCUGGCGUUUGAGCAUCUGAUGUCGCUGUGGGUCUGUGUCGGUAUCGGUUGGGGAGUGUCGUGCUGUGUGUUUAUUUUGGAACUGGUCCGAAAGGCUUUAAAUGAGCAUCUGUGAAGGAUACAUUUCUAUCGCAAUUACUAUCGGAAGCACUAAUUAGUAGCACCAGA